GCGGGACCUCGAGUCACCCCACGGGGCCGGAAAGCUGGGGCACGGGGGGCAAGAGGAGCGCGGGCUUCUGAGAUGGGAGGGGACGGCCGGGGACCGACCAGAGCGCGGACGCGACGUGCGGGCCCGGACGGCUGGGCUUGGGGAGGGUAUGGCCCGGGGCGCGCGGGGCUCAGGCGGGCGGGGUGGCCCGAGGGCCGGGGCGGGGCGGGGAGGGGCAGCUAUAAAGGCCGCGCCGGGGCCACGAGGAGCAGAGCCGGCGCCGUCACCGCCCGCGUUGCCGCUCUCAGUCCCUCGCCCGGCACGACAUGAAAUCCCCCGACGAGGUGCUACGCGAGGGCGAGUUGGAGAAGCGCAGCGACAGCCUCUUCCAGCUAUGGAAGAAGAAGCGCGGGGUGCUCACCUCCGACCGCCUGAGCCUGUUCCCCGCCAGCCCCCGCGCGCGCCCCAAGGAGCUGCGCUUCCACUCCAUCCUCAAGGUGGACUGCGUGGAGCGCACGGGCAAGUACGUGUACUUCACCAUCGUCACCACCGACCACAAGGAGAUCGACUUCCGCUGCGCGGGCGAGAGCUGCUGGAACGCGGCCAUCGCGCUGGCGCUCAUCGAUUUCCAGAACCGCCGCGCCCUGCAGGACUUUCGCAGCCGCCAGGAACGCACCGCACCCGCCGCGCUCGCCGCACCCGCCGAGGACGCCGUGGCCGCCGCGGCCGCCGCACCCUCCGAGCCCUCGGAGCCCUCCAGGCCAUCCCCGCAGCCCAAACCCCGCACGCCAUGAGCCCGCCGCGGGCCAUACGCUGGACGAGUCGGACCGAGGCUAGGACGUGGCCGGCACUCUCCAGCCCUGCAGCAGAAGAACUUCCCGUGCGCGCGGAUCCUCGCUCCGUUGCACGGGCGCCUUAAGUUAUUGGACUAUCUAAUAUCUAUGUAUUUAUUUCGCUGGUUCUUUGUAGUCACAUAUUUUAUAGUCUUAAUAUCUUGUUUUUGCAUCACUGUGCCCAUUGCAAAUAAAUCACUUGGCCAGUUUGCUUUUCUACCA